AUGUGUCGUGCAUCUGCUACCCCCAAGUGCUGUAGUGAUCAUGGUGGUAUUCCAAGGUACGGGGAAGUGGUUCCGAAGCAGAAGCAGAUGCCAGAGAGAUGUCGUACCUACCGGUUUGACAGUGGUACGAGUCCAGGCACAACGCCCCCCCGCCCCCCUGAGACUGGUCUUGAUGCCUGUGAGACUCUCAACAGGUCAAAAGAGGGCGAUGUGCGGGAAAGCAUGGCGACGGCCAUGUCCAUCCGUGUGGCUGUGGAUGAUGCUGUGAUGGAUGGCGUGGUGGUGAAUGGCGGUAACUGCAGUGUCCGUGGAGAGCUUCCCACCGUCGUGCCAAGUCCGGCAACAGGGCAGAUUUACGUCAAGGGAACUGAAUUUGGUGAUGGGCGGCAAUGCAACCGACCCGCCGGAGUUCGCCAGAUUCCUUGCAAGUUCCAUCCAUGCCGGCUGGCCGAUGCAAUCAGCAUGAGGGACGACAAUCUUGCCCGACCCAGCAGUGAUUACCUCUAG